AUGCGUUUCUCAACUCUCUUCUUCACGGCAACCCUAGCCUCCUUUGCCGUUGCGCAUGAGGGCCCUCACCGGCUGCCAACCGACAAGGAGUUUUCUCGCAAGGCGAAUUUGUCUGCUCGUUGCUCGGAGCACGUUGCCAACUUCAACAAGCGACGUGUGAAGCGCGACUUCGAUCCCCGGACCCGAGGCAAUACCACUGUUCGGAUCCAAACCCAAGCCCCUCUUUACGAGACGAUUCAGAAUGAUACCUGUGUUCUCAGCCCUGAAAUUACAGCCGGCCCCUACUACUGGCCGCACUCUCAAACACUCCGUCAAGAUAUGACAGAGACUCAGGAUGGUAUCCCUUUGUGGCUCGACAUUGGCGUUUUGGAUAUGGCCACCUGCAAGCCGUUGAAAGAUGUGAUGGUUGACUUGUGGCACUGUAACGCCACAGGAAGCUACUCUAGCUUUACUGAGUUGUCACCUAACACCAAAUUCCCGGACCUUCUCUCUGAACUUGGAAGAAAUGUUUCAGACUUCGAAGUUGGCACCACCGACAUCCACACCGACUCGCAAACCUGGCUGCGAGGAAUGUGGCCAACCGAUAAGCAUGGAAUGAUGCAGAUGAAGACCAUUUUCCCAGGAUUCUACAUUGAAAGAGCUAUUCACAUCCAUGUCCAGGUCCACACAGACUGGACCACUCAGGAGAAUGGCACUCUCGUCUUCGAGAACACUGUGAGCACUGGCCAACUGUAUUUCGAGGAGGAACUCGAGAAAAAGCUCAUGGCUCUUCAGCCAUAUGCCUCUCACACGCAGAUCAACCGCACCCAGAAUGACGUCGACAUGGAGUUCUCUAAGGGUCUAACGAAUGGUUAUAACCCAGUCGUCUCUGUGGUUGCGGUUGACGAUGAUGACCUUAGCAAGGGAUUGGUCGGAUAUAUCACCAUCGGUGUUGAUACCACUGCAAUUGAGGAUGAGCAUUGGUCCGCCUCAUAG